GGGCUGUUGGACCUGUUCUGUUACAUCGCUCUCCUCCCCAAAGCAUGUGACCAUGUGAUCACAUUCACUGCAGCCAGACAAAGUGAGAGAACUUGUGACUGAACGAGCGACGGCAGGAGACACUCGGCGGCUCUGCGAGAAUAAAAUCCGGAGUUUAGUGACCCCAUAGUUUCUUCUUCAGUCUCCUCACCUCCGUCAUACAACAUGGACUGCGGGAUCUUCACGUCCAAGACCAUCCUCCUCUUCCUCAGCUUGAUAUUUUGGGCUGCAGGAGCGGCGUUGGCCUACGUUGGCGCCUAUGUGAUCAAGAGCUAUGACAAUUUUGACAGUUUCAUUCAGGACAAGUACACGCUUGUACCAGCAGCCAUCAUCAUUGGCAUCAGCGUGGUGAUGUUCCUUUUUGGGCUGUUGGGAUGCUGCUCCACAAUCAGAGAGUCCAAAUUCGGCCUCAGCUUUUUCUUCCUGAUCAUCAUGGCGAUCUUUGCCGCUGAAAUAACUGCUUUGGUAUUUAGCUUCAUCUACCAGGGCAAGAUAAGUGGAGAUCUGGAGCGCUCUAUGAAUGGAACCUUUGAAAAGUAUGAUGGACAGGGCACUGAGACCAAAGGUGUGGACUACCUGCAGCAACAGUUGCAGUGCUGCGGAGUUAAAAAUUACACCAACUGGAUCGGCACGGCGUGGUAUACCAGCCACAACAACACAGUGCCUGUGUCCUGCUGCAAGAACAGCACCGCGCAGUGCACUGGCCGACUGGAUCAACCAGAACUGCUUAACGUAGAGGGUUGUGAACCCAAGCUGACGCGCCUCCUCCAGGAUGUGUGGGGUUACGCCAUGCUGGUCAUUCUGGGCUUCGCAAUCAUCAAGUUCUUUGGGAUGCUAAGCGUAUGUGUGAUCACCUGUAAAAGUGGCAGCCGAAGGAGCGGCUACCAGCCUCUCUACGCCUGAACCACCUCCUGAAAUCACCCACCACCUCCUCACUUCAGUCCUUUAGGUUUUCUGACCACUUGAUAUCGGCAGGCAUCCUUAUUCUGCAGUGUACAGAGGCUUCCAGGUCAAACGUAUACAAAUCUAAGAUUUACUUACAUAAUGGCAUAUACACACAAGUGGAAAACUCUUCUCCUUGUAAGAUCACUCCUCAGACGAUAUUUGACAUAAAUGUGACGUGGCUUUGAA